AUUCUAGCGGGCAAAGACGUCGACGAUAUGGAUAGAGAGUCACAUGCAUCGAGAUGGUGCCAAGUUUAAGAAGUGAAUUGCACUGUGUGCUCCUUUGUUGUAUUGUGACAGCCAAUUGUCUGACUUUGACAAAUCCGUUCUACAAUACCUUUACACUUUUCAUCGAUGACAAACCGCUUCUCGACCAUAAUAGUGAAGAUCCUGUAGUUGCCGUUGGAAGAAGUCAAAUCAACUUUACAGAAGAUCAAGGCAAUUUUAUUAUUAGUGAAGAUGUUUACGAGAAAAUAGAAUUAUCCACUUGUGAUAUUGAUGAAAGCGGCAUGCCAGAUCUCUUCAAAGCUACAUGCUACAACAUUGAAUACUUUCCAGAAGUUUCGGUAGAUUUUGCUGUCGAGGAAAAGGCAGAUUCGGGAUUUUUUCGUAAAACCGCUUCAGUUAAUAUCACGGUGUUCGGCCGGGAUCGUCUGUGGUUCCGGUUAGCAUCAAACUCUUCUGAAAAAAUCUAUGGUGGCGGAGAACAGUUUACGUACUUGAAUUUGAAAGGUCGUGAAUUUCCCAUGUGGAUUCGCGAACAAGGUGUUGGAAGAAACCUAUCAAGCCCUCUAACAGAGAUAGUGGAGACAGGGUCACCAGGCGCAGGAGGGGAUUACCAUACCACAUAUUACCCCGCCCCUAUUUUCUUAUCCACGUGGAACUAUGCCAUUUUAGGCAAACAAGAGAGGUACUCCAUCUUGAAUUUCACUUCGUCGACGAGGAAAGAAAUCUAUGUCCAUGAUGAACAACUAAAGCUUAAUGUUGGAACAGCUGCUAGCUUAAUGGAGCUAGUUGGUGCAAUUAACCGUGAGAUGUCCGUGAUUCCGCCAACUCUUCCUGAAUGGAUUUAUAACGGAGCGAUUGUUGCUGUUCAAGGCGGAACCCAGAAUAUGCUUGACAAGCUUCAGCAAUGCUUAGACAACGGUGUAAAUGUCAGUGCCAUAUGGAUUCAAGAUUGGGCGGGUAAAAUCGAAACACCAUUUGGCUAUCGUGUUUUUUGGAAUUGGCGUUGGAAUGAAGAGCUUUAUCCAGGACUUGAUUCCGUCAUAAUCAACUUGGCACAGCAAGGCAUUCAAGUUGCGGCAUAUAUCAAUCCGCAUUUGAAUGUUGAAGGCGACUUGUUCGUCGAGGCAGACAGUCUUGGUUAUUUACUCAAAAAUGACAAAGGUGGAACCUAUAGACAAGAUUUUGGUGGAUUUUUGGCUGGAACGCUUGACUUUUCUAAUCCACUGGCAAAACAGUGGUAUGCUGAUCUUAUUAAAGAAAACAUCAUCGGUUUUGGCUUCAAAGGGUUCAUGGCUGACUUUGGGGAAUACACACCGGUAGACGCCGUUGCAGCCAACAGCCCUGAUCCCUAUCAGUUCCAUAAUGUUCUCCCUGUUUUAUGGGCCAGCACAGUUCGACUUGCCUUAGAGCAGUCUGACACGUUAAGUUCUGUCUUGCCGUGGGCGAGAUCAGGAUUUUCGGGUGCGCAAAGCUUUCAUUCAAUGAUGUGGGCUGGUGACCAAAACGUUGACUGGUCGAUGUCUGAUGGGUUACCGUCUAGUAUUGUAGCAGCUCUUUCCUUGGGCUUAUCCGGCUACGGUCUCAGCCAUAGUGAUAUUGGAGGGUAUACCACCCUUAAUGGAAUUUUAACCCGUAGUGAGGAAUUGCUUUUGCGCUGGGCCGAAUACAGUGUUUUUACACCUCUAAUGAGAACUCAUGAAGGAAAUAAACCUGAACUAAAUCAUCAAAUCUAUUCAACGAACGAAACCCUAAAAAGUUUUGCCCGUUUAUCAGCAAUCUACACAUCGCUUACCCCCUAUCAUAAAGAGGUAGUGUCGCAAGUGGCGACUAUUGGGAUUCCAGCAAUGGCUCCUUUAUUCCUCUAUCAUGCUGACGAUGUAGAUUCUUUUGAUAUUCAAUAUCAAUACUUGUAUGGAUCAGAUUUAUUAGUAGCUCCUGUACUGCAGCCAUCAAAAACUAAUCAAGAAGUUUACUUACCACCAGGACGCUGGAUUCAUUUGUGGGAUAACGACCAGAAAGUCUUUCAGGGCCCUGUUUCAGUUAACGUUAACGCCACUAUGGGUAAAACGCCAGUUUUUUUCCGUGAUAAUAGCAAAUGGAUAUCGUUGUUCCAUGAUAUCCGCAACCGUUUCAAUCUCUAGUGGUUUGCUUGGGUUGAUAAGGGUUUUAUUCAAGUCUGUCAUUGCAUUUGUUUCUUAGUUCCUAGACGU